CCAGGUUUCUCAACACUCACCGGGGCUUCUGAAUGUCCUUCUCAGGACAAGUCUCAUUGAAUCCUGGAAAGAGGCACUAACCGACUUGAAGGAGGUCUCUCUUAGGGAAGCCUGGAGGAGGUCAUUUCUGAGCCUUUGAUCCCAUAGGAGCCAUUGUCAUCUACCUGAGCUGUGAAUAGGGAAGGCAGCUGCCCCAACACAGAGACCAGCUGGGCCUCCCGCAACACAGAUAGCAGCCCCCUAGAGACAAGGUGCUGUCACCCUGAGACUCUAGGCUCCAUGCCAGACUCCCGUCGCAACUUCCAUAGGCCCCACAGAAUGCUCAGGCACCCUUCACCUCAGGAGGAGCAGGAGCUGGAGCUUGACCUGGGGCUCCUGGGCAGUGUGAGAGAGUGCUGCAGUGACCUCUUACCCCUGGAGAGACAGCUAGUCAGCAGGAUCAGGGCCAUGUCAGUUGCACAGCAAGGCCUGGCAUUGGACAUCAUUCGUCACUACCUGGAAGGGCACACCCAGCUCCCAAGGCAGCAGCAUGUGAUGGACAUAGACAUCAGCUUGCAGAAUCUCCUGGAGUCCCUGUGCCUGGAACCCAAGCAAGCCACAAACAAGACCCUCCUCUUCCGCCUCUUUGGUCUGAUCCUUUGUGAGUGCACAGAUAUGGCGCUGGUAAAGAGAUACCUCACCUGUCUUCUGGAGCUGUCUCCCCAGGACUCUAGCCAGCAGGAGGACAUUGCACUGGCUGUGGGCUUGGCAUCCACUAAGCACCUGGAGGAGGUGUGGGCCCUGCUGGAACAACUGUGCAGUACCUGGUUCUUGAGGUGGAGGAACCUGUCCCCCGAAGCACAGCUUCCAGACGCAGACCUGCACUGGAAAUGGGUCAGCAGUACCUCCUUGUUGUGCUAUGGACAGAUGGCCACACAUGCCAAGGAGCAGAUCCUGCCCUGGGUAGACGGUAUCAUCUCCUGGAUGGUGCACUUCUUUUCCUGCAACUGCUGUGACGAUGUCCUCAAAGCCAACUUCCUUUCGGCUGCUGUCCUGCUCACCAGUGUGCUCAGGCGGGACUAUGGUGUCCAGAGGUACAAGUUCACCCAGAUACCAGAGUUCAUCCAGUGUCUCUUGUGGAUCCUCCAGGAAGAGCCCAACUUCCUGGCCACCCUCUCCCGGCAGAAGAUCAUCUUGGUCAUUGUAGGACUGAGCAACCUGCGGCCCAGCCUCCAGCCUUGGGUCAAGUCCAGGGUCCUAGAAGUCUGCCUACGAAGUGUAUAUAUGCUGCCCCCUACAAAGGAGCUGUUCAGGAGUCUACCUUCACUGGACCCAUCCCCUGACAUCGAUGUCAUGGGGCUAUACAAGAAGACAGUGCACGCCCUCGACCUGCUCCUUCAGAGCUUCUUGUCUGAGAACCCCAGCAUGAAUGAGGUCUGCUUCCUCCUGCAGCACAUGGAGCACUGGCUACAGUCAGUCGAGAGCCAUGAGCGGCAGCGGGCUGUGCAGUCUACUCUCCUGCUUUUGCAGUACGCGGAGGACAUCCUGAAGUCCACAGAAGAGGCCACACCGUCCAUGCUGGGCCACCAGCUAGGCCUGCUGAUUCUGCUGUGGUGGGACACAGAUGAAGAAACCCAGAAUCCUGCCCGCCAGUGUGUGUAUUUACUUCUGAAGCUUUCCAUGCAGCAAAAGGAGAGAAUGGUGGACCUGAGCCAGAGCAAGGUGAAGUGCUUCAAGUUCAGGACCUCUGGAAAAGGGGAGGUAGAGCUCCAACAUUUGGUGAAGGCCUUCAACAAAGCCCUGAGUGUGGCACAGCACACACAGCUGGUGCUCGUGCUGCUGCACAGCCUCAGCUGCUGCGGCCUUCUUCAGUGUCAACUGACCUCCAAGUUCCUCCUGAUGGUCUUUGAAGGCCCCAGCAUCAAGCCAGAGCAGAUAAAUGAAGUCCUGCGCAGCCUCUUCCAGGAGCUACCAAGAAUUCACUGCAGCAAAGCCCAGGAGAUCAUGCUGAAGGCCAUGAUAGCUCUGGGGACUCAGCACACACCAGAAGUGGUUGAAGUGCUCUUGUUCCUGUGCCACCCCUCAGAGAAGCAGAUCCUAACCCUGUGGAUGGCCCUGGCUGCCAACUGGAAGCUGGCUCGAAAGGUCAUGACUCUGCUCUACACAAAGCUCAAGCAGCGACCCGCCUUGGAGAACAUCCAGCCCUCCCAUCAGGUCCAGCUCAUCUCCAUUCUGGCUUUGGGUACCAUUUACGAGCUCCUCUACAUCCAGGAGUACAGGACCACAGUCCGCUGGGCCUUUGCGGGGAUCCUCCUGGGCCUGCUCACACAACUACAUUACCUAUUCGAGCUGGGCAUGGUCAAGGGUUUUUUGGACUUCCAGGAAGACACCCUGGACUCCAAGCCCCUUGGGCCCUGCAGGACCUGCCUUGAAGCAAUGAAGGGCCUCUUCUGGACCACUCGGUACUGGGAGGUGUUUGCACACGUCAAGAUGCUCAGGGGCUGGGAGCUCUUUGAGCGACUGGAGACCUAUACAGAAGGAGUGACUGUGCUGGCCAGGGCCAUGGCCCUGUAUGACUGUGAAGUCGGGGCUGUCUUGGGACAGGCCAUCAUCUCCCUGAAGAGCUGUGAGGAGAGAGACAACAUCGUGGCCAUCCUCAUCAUUACAGAGUUUCUCAACAGCCCAGAGGUCCCUAAGCAUGUGUCCCAGAAGGCCAUGGACAACCUUCUGAGCUUGGGCCUGAACAGCCCCAACUGGCUGGUGCGGGCCAUGAGUCUGAAGGGCCUCAGUAGCAUUAUGAUGAACGCCCAAAAGGCGGCCCUGCUCCAUGGCAUGCUCAGGGAUCUGCUGAACAGCCUACUGCAGCCCGAGCCUCAGGAUCUCCUGGGCCUGAUAGCAAUCCUUAGCGACAUCCUGCACCGCCUAGGGCUCCAGGGCAUCGGCCCCAUCAGCCUCCAGCUUGCCCAGCACCUGCUGCAGUUGUUUGAGCAUGAAAAGGCAAAGGUGCGUGCAAGUGCCAUCUUCCUGUUUGGGGAUGUUAUCUACAGCGGUGGCAGAAAGUUCCAGCAGCCACUCAAGAAAGUAGCCUUCCAGGCCUUGGUGCCUCUGCUCUUCCACCUAGCCGAUGCCUACAAGGAGGUGGUCAUGAGGACCAAGAUCACCUUCUUUCGCUGCACCAUCUUGUUGAAUUGGGAGUUCCGGAAGGAGCUAUUCAGCAAGUUGGCAUGGGGCCGAGGAGUAGAGGUUGAGUACGACAUUUUUACCAUCAUGAUGGAGAGCAACUCUGGUAGCCACCACCAGUUUUUCAUGCAGGCCCUGACCUACCUGGGCAGCCCCUGCAGGAACCUGAAGCUGGCAGCUAUGAAGUUCAUUGGGGCCAUGCUGCAGGACUACUUUCUGGAUCUCUGCUUCCACCUGAAGAAGAGCGACAUAAAAAUCCUCAAGAAAUGUGAGCUGGGCCAGCAAACAAAAGGGGAGCCUCUUCCCAACCCUCCCAGUGUCCCUCUGGCUGAGGGUAGGCCAUCUCCUCCUUCCCCUCUCUCCUCUCCCUCCCUUCUACACUGGGAUGUGAGUUUCCAGAAGGUUCCUCAGGCUCUGUGGCCAUGCAGUCAGAUCAUGGUCUCUACUGCAGAUUUUGGUGCCCUCCUGGAGGACCGGGAUGACAUUUGUCGCAGGUUCUACCUGAACUUCUCAGAAGACAUCAUGGAUCUGUCCCAAUAUGCAUUCUAGAGCAGGGCUCAGUAGCCAUUUAGCCUGUCCCUUCCCUGUCCUUGUUGAGUUCUACUGUUAUUAAAUGCUGACA